CACCAGUAACAACGUGAAAAUACUUUGGCAGAUGCACUGUCCAUAAGCAGAGACUGUCGGAGAUGUAAUUAGCUUCAAGGGGGUGUGUGCCUAUGAAGUGCACAACACAAGCUAACUUAUAUGUUGAUGCUUUACUCAUGAAGAUUGAAAUAGACGGACAUAGAGAAGUUUACUAAAGUCUAAGGUCGUUUCAUUUGCAAGACAUGGAAGGCACUUCUCACUCUGACUCGUUGCUUUCCCACAAUGGCACUAUCAUUACGCGCAUCCAGGGAAACCGUGUGCGUCCCAACUCGACUAACACCCUUCCAACCUUUUACCAGAACUUAGAAGAUGCUCUAGAUAUCCGUAGGGCGUCCCAUAGCUUCUACUCAGUUGUACAAAACAACUGGCAGAAUAGCGAUGCAGUUGACUUCUGCUCUGGAGAUAUCCUCUCGUUGGGCAAAAGCCCGGACCGACGAGCCGAGUUUCUCAAAGAAUUUGAUCGACACCCUGAUUUCAGCAUAGGAUCAAGUGGCGUACGGCUCAUGGAUGGAAAUCAUACUUACCUUGAACAGACUGAGCAGGAAAUCGCUGAUUUCCACGGUGCGCAAACGGGACUCAUUGUAGGCUCGGCAUACGAAGCCAACAUAGCUGUAUGGACUUCAAUUCCACGUCCGGGGGAUGUCAUCCUUUAUGAUUCCCUAGUUCACGCUAGCACACACGAGGGGAUAAAGCAAAGCCUGGCGAUGAGCCACGUCGAAUUCCCCCAUAGUGACAUCGAGAGCUUCCGAUCUACGCUUCUAGAAAUUCUAGAUUCGCAGUCUCUUGUGCGCCAGGGUAAACGAUCCGUAAUUGUUGCAGUGGAAUCCAUAUAUAGUAUGGAUGGGGAUGUGUGUCCGCUAGAAGAACUCCUAGAGGUAGCGAGAGAAGUACUCCCCGACGGAAAUAUCCAGUUCAUCGUCGACGAAGCACACAGCGUCGGGGUGAUUGGUCCUAUGGGUUCAGGUUUGGUAUGUAAGCUUGGGCUCCAAAAGGACAUCGCGGUAGUGGUUCACUCGUUCGGGAAAGCUCUCGGUGCGACUGGAGCUAUUAUUCUUGGAAACCAAACGGUCAAGAGCACAAUAAUCAACUUCUCGCGCUCAGUGAUGUACACCACUUCACCAUCAUUUCCAUUUGUGGCGGCAAUUAAAUCUGGGUAUACGCUACUCAAGAGCGGUUGCAUGAGCGAGGCGCAAGACCACAUUCAAAGACUAUGUGUACUUUUUUUCGAGACUCUCGAAAAUCACCCGCUGUGGCCUUUAGCUAGGGAAAGGGAGCUGCUGUCGGUCCCCUUAGCCAGGGGCUGGGAAGAUCGCCCUUUCCAAACUCAUAUAAUCACUGUGUCAACACACCAAAACUACACGUACUGGCUCUUCUUCCACCUUCUAUCACAAUCUCUUUGCGUCUUCCCUGUGGAGCAUCCCGUGGUGCCACGAACGUCGAAUUUCUGGUACAUGCGAUUUUCUUGUGGAUAGAGGAAAUGUUGGAGGUGACAGAAGGGAAGGGGGCCAAGAGAGUUUCUACAGCGGCUGGGCGGGUAUAUUCAUGGAUGAAGGAAGAGGGUCUUACAGGUUUCGGAAUGAUUUAGAUGUUGUAAGGCCUGUUUCUGUUACCCCUUUUCUGCCGGUAUCUUUUAGAUGAUCGUGCUUUGCGGCAUCGCACAGCUAAGCAUAUCACCCAAGUUGUGAAUUUCCUCCUCCAUACAUGAU